AGUUGCUCCAGUGAAGGACCGAGAGGCUAUAUAUACUGCUCCGCCGCCGCCAGAAAAAACACAGCAGCAAAGCCAACCGCACGCCCAGGGGUCAUCCACGACACAGCCUGUUCCAUGUGCUAAUUCUACUGCAUCACGCCCAAGAUAUGCGUAUCCACUACCUGUCCGAUUGUUGGGUCAUCUGGUGCUUUUGCUCUGCUGCGCGCCUCCUCAACACGCCGAUGCCAAUGCACGACCAACGCAGCAGCAGCAAGAUCAAUCUACAGGUCAAGCACAGCCCCAGGUGUCAUCAUCGCAAGCUCAGCCUACCACCCCCUCGACGUCCACGACUAUUGCUCUUGAUAGUAUCCACACUCUCGCGCCAGGUGCAGCAAGCGCGUAGCCACACCCCCUUUCAUUGCAGACUCGUUUCGUUCGAUUUCUGCCGUGCAUUAACACGGUGAAAUAUAGACAACUAUCUCAUCUUUGCCAUCUGGUUCUUUUGCAACUUUUGUUAUCUCAUUGUUCAUGCUGAGUGUAUGUAUUUUAUUUCCACGACCUUCUCAAUUUCAGGUUGCUUUCAACGUUAUAAGUGAAGUCUC